AUGUGUGCACAAGAAGAAAAGACUGUUCAUAAGACGACCAGUCGAGCACCGUGGAACGCCACUGGCAAUUACAAUCUGCUCGUCGAAGCGCUCCUUGUCGACGCAGCAGGCGGUCCGCCCGACUCUCUGGCGAUCGUGAAGGGCGCCGUGUGCGACGCCGCCGCGACGGACGUGCUCGCGCUGCCGCUCGCCGCGGCGGACUGGCAGCAGCGCGCGGGGUGGUGGCUGCUGCACGCGGAGGCGCGCCUCGACGCGUUCCUCGAGAACGCGGACGCCGCCACCCUCGACGCGCUGCUCGCCGUGCUCCCCACCGCCUCGCCUCCGCCCACCAGCGGCAGCGGCGGGCGCAACGGCGGAGGCAGCACCAGCGGGGGCAUCGCUGGGGGCGCGCGGAACGGGCAGAGCAGGAGGCGCAUGGGGCGGGAGCUGCUGAUGGGCGCAUUCGGCCGCGCGGCCAGGCAGGGGGGACAGAAGCAGGGGGGACAGAAGCAGGGGGGUCAGCAGCAGGGGGGUCAGCAGCAGGGGGGGCAGCAGCAGCAGGGGGGAGCGCAGCAGGCGCCUGCAGUGAGUGGGUAUGCUGUGCUGGCGGGCAGCAGCGCAGCAGGUGUGACGUGGGGCGGGCAGCUCAUGGGCGCCAAGACGCUCGCCACUGCUGCUUGA